AUGAUCCCAGGCAAAUACAGCUACAAUACGGCGCAUAUUCCGGGCGCGCGCGUCCGUCCCAUGGUUCAUGUGCAAUUUCUACAAUUCCUGGUGCCUUCUUCGACCAACUUUGUCAUUAUGCUUGGCUUCUUUUUCCUCAUUUGUCUCAUCGGGCCCCUAGUUACCCAGGGCAGACAUUCCUAUGGUAGCGGUCAUAAGACGGAGUCUGAUGAGGAGGCUUCCACUUCCUUUAUAGGGGUGAGACCUCAGGACCUAAAUAACGAGUACGGCCAUAUACAAAACGCAGGUGGCAUUGUCAACGGCCCCGGGGGGUUGCACCAAACUAGUCCAGAGUUGCAGCAGUGGUUUGAUCGUUACUUGUCCGAGCCAGACAGUCCUGAGUUGGAUGAGCAGACAAACAUUCUCCAAGAGGAGAUUGAGCAGUCGCUCGCAGCUGCUCCUCGUCCUUUGGAGCCGCCCGCUCCGGCCGAUGAAGAGGAACAGGACUUUCCCGACGCCCCGUUACAUACGGAGCAUGCCGAAGUAGUAGUACCGCCACUAGUACACGACUUCCAAGUCCUUAUCCAGUGGGCAAAGGCCUUCGACGUUCUACGGAGUCCUACACACAUGACCCUGAUUACCUCUUCAAGAAAGGGCAUGGUCCUCAUGAUAUUGACAUUCAACGACCCGACAAUGACUCUAAAUCGAUUACUACAAAUUUUCCCAGAAUCACAACGGACAAAUAUGGGCUCAGUUGUAAAUGUCGACCCUCGCUAUCUAGCAGUUUCCGCCGUUGUGCAUGCCGAGGGACAGACUGUGAGCUUUAGCGGCGUUACGGAAUUCAGAAACCCUAGGAACCUGUUGCUCAAUCCCAACGUUGUCGUUCACGUUCUAGCACGUUUGGACUACGACGAAGAAAAUAGCCGGAUUGUAACAAGUGGCAGCGUUACCAACCUAAUUGGGCAAUACCGCCGAGAGUUAGCCGUAUGCCGAGAACUGCUGAGGAAUAAUGUAAUGCAGAGCACGGUCCCAAGGACAUUACCCGCCCCUAUCAUCCACGAUGAGGCCCGCAGGAAGCGCAAUGUGAGGGGGGUCAUCCCACCUUCCGGAGCGAAGUUGAUCUCUACGCUGGGGGAAAUUGACUGUCGUCCCAACACGAACUGCAUGCGCGCCUGGACCGAAUGGGUGACGCCGGGACCAUGCGGACCAGCAUACAGUCCUACACUGGAUAUGAGCCGGUAUCGACACGAGCCAUUCGGGCACGGUACGUACGACCCAGUCGAACAGGCGCGCGGAAGAGUAGACCAACUCAAGUCCCUCGGUUACUCGGUUGACAUGGUCGAGUACAUCAUUAUGGAGGGAACCUUCAUGUCACUACUCGACUCGUAUCGCGAAGACUUUAUUCCCAAGCUCUACAACGCCUUGAGCGGAUACCAGACGUCCAAAGUCGAUGAGGCCGUCGAGUGGACAUACCGUAAUAUCGGUUGCCGAGACGUUUGUCUCGCCAAGGACGCCGGCUUCAAGGUUAUUAGCCACGUGAUGCCGGACCUUCCCAACAUUAGCUUAGAGCGUAAUGUCGACCAAUUCCGCGAGUACUUUAAGAAUCCCGCCUUCAGGACGGACCGCCUGAAGAUAUAUCCCGCCCUUAUGAUCCGAGGUACCGGCUUGUACGAGUUGUGGCGGACAGGGUUACGCAUCGAUAACGACCGUACCAUACCGUAA